GGUCCAGUCUUAGAAGAUUCAGAUGCCAUUGAUUUACCAAUGCCUGAACCCAGUGAUUUUGAUCAGGACACCACAAGAUCACAGCAGAGCAUGACCAUUAAUAAGCUGCUUGCAACUGUAGGACCUGACACUACUUCUGGACUGCCUCGAAUGAGACUGACUGUCUCACGAAACGAAAUACUUACUGAUGCAAUCGCCUUCUUUAAGGGAGGUGAUUUCCACUACAACCGUGAACUACGGGUUAGAUUUGAGGCUGAGCCUGCUGUAGAUGGCGGAGGACCUAAGCGUGAAUUUUUUUCGCUGCUUUUAAAGAGUCUUGUUAGUCCAACAGAAAGUGUUCGACUCUUUGAAGGGCGUCCUGGCCGAUAUCUGCCUAUGCAUAAUAUGGAUGCCCUGAUGGGAGGACUCUACAAAGUAGCAGGACGAAUGAUUGCAGCUUCUGCAUUGCAAGGAGGGCCUGGAUUCCCUUGCUUGGCCCCAGCCAUUUAUACACAUAUGGCAACAAUGUCUUUAGACAGCGUCAUAGAUGAGAUCUCUCCACUGGAUCUUCCAGAUCCAAAUUUGGCCGACACAGUAGAAAAGAUCAGUGAAAUAAAUGAUGACAACAGCCCUGAAUUUCAAAGCCUUGUCGCAAGCCUAGGGGAAUUCAUCAUAGCUGCUGGAUAUACUCACAAAGUGACUGCAACUAACAAAGGUGACAUGGUGUUGAAAAUUCUUCUGCAUGAAAUUGUGUUAUCCAGAAAAGCAGAGUUAGAUCAACUAUCUGUCGGUCUUGGCCCUCUAAUGGAUCUUGCCAGACGGCAUCCUGACAAAAUUAGACCUCUGCUUACUGCUUCAGCAAGCACGCCAUUAACAAGUGGACUGUUCCUGAAUCUAGUGACCUAUGAGUCAACACUCCCGCCAAAAUUAAAAGACUAUUUUGUGCACUACGUCCACCAUUCAGGUAAUCAAGGCUUUCUACAUAUAUUACACAAAUACUUGUCAAUGAAUCAAUUAAACAUUGCACUACAAGAAUGUUCUUUUGACACUGAUGUUUCUCUAGAAAGCACAAACCUGAGGACACUGCUGCAGUUCUGCACAGGUUGUAACGAGAUUCCAGUGAUGGGAUUCCAUGAACCAUCAACAAUCACAGUGUCCAGCACAAGAUCUGUGUUUCCGAAUGCAGCUACGUGUGCUAUGAUUUUAGAGUUGCCUAGACAAGUUGACAACCAAGACCAGUUUACGGCAAAUAUGAAAGCUGUUUUAGAUAUGCAGGCAACUGGCUUUGGAGUAGUCUAG